AUGGACGUGGACCGGUUUUCAGUUAGAUGCCGCACCCACUGGCUCCGGGAGGGAGGGGAGGUGGCUGGAAGGCGCUCUGCAGUGAUCGGAGAAAACGGGCUGGUGCCAGUACUUGGUUCAUUGGUCACAGCCUCGCCCUGCGGGCCAGCCCGUGUGUCCCACUUGGAGGAACCAACCUCAGCAUCAUCGGUGCUUCCAGAAGCUGGAUCGAUCCCCUUUCUGAAUCCUUCUUGCUGGCGUCAGGGUCAGAGCUCAGUGAAGCGCUUUGGCUUUCCUGGGUGCUCGGGGCCCACAGUGAAAUUUUCUCUUCCAGAAUUCGGCGUCCACCUGGCAGAGCUGACCGUGGAUCCCCAGGGGGCACUGGCAAUUCGGCAGCUGGCCUCGGUCAUUCUGAAGCAGUACGUGGAGACUCACUGGUGUGCCCAGUCAGAGAGGUUCAGGCCCCCCGAAACCACAGAGAGGGCUAAGGGCGUCAUCCGGGAGCUGCUGCCCAGCGGCUUGAGGGAGUCGGUGAGCAAGGUGCGCUCCAGCGUGGCCUAUGCGGUGUCAGCCAUCGCCCACUGGGACUGGCCCGAAGCCUGGCCCCAGCUCUUCAGCCUGCUCAUGGGGAUGCUGGUGAGCGGGGACCUCCGCGCCGUCCACGGAGCCAUGCGCGUGCUCACAGAAUUCACGCGAGAAGUAACAGACACCCAGAUGCCACUCGUCGCUCCCGUCAUUCUCCCAGAGAUGUAUAAGAUCUUCACUAUGGCCGAGGUGUACGGCAUCCGGACCCGCUCCCGUGCUGUGGAGAUCUUCACUGCCUGUGCCCACAUGAUCUGCAACAUGGAGGAGCUGGAGAAGGGCGCCGCCAAAGCGCUGAUUUUCCCCGUGGUGCAGCAGUUCACGGAGGCCUUCGUUCAGGCCCUGCAGGUGCCUGACGGCCCCACCUCCGACAGCGGCUUCAAGAUGGAAGUCCUGAAGGCGGUGACGGCCCUGGUGAAGAACUUCCCGAAGCACAUGGUGUCCUCCAUGCAGCAGAUCCUGCCCAUCGUCUGGAACACGCUGACCGACAGCGCGGCCUUUUACGUGAGGACGGAAGUAAAUUACACGGAGGAAGUAGAAGAUCCCGUGGAUUCUGACGGUGAGGUCCUGGGCUUUGAAAAUCUCGUCUUCAGCAUUUUCGAGUUCGUCCACGCUCUUCUAGAAAAUAGUAAAUUCAAAAGCACCGUGAAGAAAGCCUUGCCGGAGCUGGUUUACUACGUCAUCCUGUACAUGCAGAUCACCGAGGAGCAGAUUAAAGUGUGGACGGCCAACCCCCAGCAGUUCGUGGAGGACGAGGACGAUGACACUUUCUCGUACACUGUCAGGAUCGCAGCACAGGACCUACUGCUGGCCGUGGCCACUGACUUCCAGAACGAGAGUGCAGCGGCCCUGGCCGCCGCGGCCACUCGGCAUCUGCAGGAGGCUGAGCAGACCAAGGACAGUGGCGCCGAGCACUGGUGGAAGGUGCACGAGGCGUGCAUGCUUGCGCUCGGCUCGGCGAAGUCCGUCGUCACGGACAGUGUGAAGAGUGGCAGGGUGCACUUCGACAUGCACGGCUUCCUGACGCGCGUCGUCCUCGCAGACCUCAGCCUCUCAGUGUCUCCUUUCCUCUUGGGUCGGGCACUGUGGGCGGCCAGUCGGUUCACUGUCGCUAUGUCCCCCGAAUUGGUCCAGCAGUUCCUCCAGGCAACAGUCAGUGGUCUUCACGAGACGCAGCCCCCGUCAGUGCGCAUCUCUGCUGUGAGAGCCAUCUGGGGCUACUGUGACCAGCUGAAAGCCUCGGAGAGCACCCACGUCCUCCAGCCCUUCCUCCCCGGCAUCCUGGAUGGCCUGAUCCACCUGGCGGCACAGUUCAGCUCCGAGGUCCUCAGCCUAGUGAUGGAGACGCUGUGCACCGUCUGCACGGUGGACCCGGCGUUCACGGCAAGCGUGGAGAGCAAAGUCUGCCCCUUCACCAUCGCCGUGUUCCUCAAGUACAGCAACGAUCCUGUUGUCGCCUCGCUGGCUCAGGACAUCUUCAAGGAGCUGUCCCAGAUCGAAGCCUGCCAGGGUCCGAUGCAGAUGAGGCUGAUCCCGACUCUCGUCAGCAUCAUGCAGGCGCCAGCAGACAAGCUGCCCGCCGGGCUGUGUGCGACCGCCAUCGACAUCCUGACGACAGUGGUGCGGAGCACGCAGCCACCCCUCUCCCAGCUGCUCAUCUGCCAGGCCUUCCCCGCCGUGGCCCAGUGCACCCUGCACACAGAUGACAACGCCACCAUGCAGAACGGCGGCGAGUGCCUGCGGGCCUACGUGUCCGUGGCGCUGGAGCAAGUGGCCCAGUGGCACGACGACCAGGGCCACGGCGGGCUGUGGUACGUGAUGCGCGUGGUGAGCCAGCUGCUGGACCCCCGCACCUCCGAGUUCACCGCGGCCUUCGUGGGCCGCCUCGUCUCCACACUCAUCUCCAAGGCCGGGCGGGAGCUGGGGGAGAAUCUGGACCAGAUCCUGCGCGCCAUCCUCAGCAAGAUGCAGCAGGCCGAGACGCUGAGUGUCAUGCAGUCCCUGAUCAUGGUCUUCGCCCACCUGGUGCACACCCAGCUGGAGCCCCUGCUGGAGUUUCUCUGCAGCCUCCCCGGGCCGACCGGGAAGCCAGCGCUGGAGUUCGUGAUGGCGGAGUGGACGGGCCGGCAGCACCUGUUCUACGGGCAGUACGAAGGCAAAGUCAGCUCUGUGGCCCUGUGCAAGCUGCUCCAGCACGGCAUCAACACGGACGACAGGCGGCUGCAGGACAUCCGUGUGAAGGGCGAGGAGCUGUACAACGUGGACGAGGGUGUGCGCACCCGCUCCAAGUCGGCCAAGAACCCUGAGCGCUGGACAAACAUCCCUUUGCUGGUCAAGAUCCUCAAGCUGAUCAUCAACGAGCUGUCCACCGUGAUGGAGGCCAAUGCUGCUCGCCAGACCGCGCCCGCGGAGUGGGGCCAAGACGACUCCAACGACAUGUGGGAGGACCCGGAGGACGAGGAGGAGGAGGAGGAGGACGGGCUCGCCGGCCAGCUCUUGUCCGACAUCCUCGCCACGAGCAAAUAUGAGGAGGACUACUACGAGGACGACGAGGAGGACGACCCCGACGCCCUGAAGGACCCUCUCUACCAGAUUGACCUGCAGGCGUACCUCACGGACUUCCUCUGCCAGUUCGCCCAGCAGCCCUGCUACCCCAUGUUCUCAGGCCACCUCAACGACAGCGAGCGGCGGGUGCUGCAGACCAUAGGCGUCUAGAGCGUGGCCGUCGGCUCGGGGCCUCCUCCCCCCCUCACAGCCUGGAGACGCGCGGCCCCUCGGCCUUCACAGGGCGACGUGGACGACCGUCCAGGCCACGUCCUCCACUGCCGUCACUUAGGAAUGCUGGAACAACGGACAGCCCUCGGCGUCCCCCUGGAGCUCCCCACCUUGAGACGCCCCCCGCUCCCACUGCACCCACUUCUGUCCCUAGAGCCGCCUGCUGGCCAGUCCAGAGGCGUGUGCCCACGGGGUCCUGCGCCCAUGAGUCACUCGCCCCACCACGGGCAGGCCGGCGUGACUGUCCACCUGAAGCAACAGAUUCCUCGCUGAUGCCGUGCUGGGACCUGCCGUGUGCAGACAGGCGGGCCCUGGGGAGAGGCCGACGCACGCGCGGGGCUCUCGGUGGGCGUGAGGAGCGCAGCACGCGACAGCGUCUGGUGCCUGCUCCUCCCCGCUGCACAGGACGCCGAGGUCACCUUGUCCUGCCUCUUUGCAUGACAGCCCCCUCCCGAGCUGUUCUUGCGUGUGCGUACACACACGCGCGAAAAAAGCCAGGCAAAUGGCAACUUGUUUUUCCUUUUUUAGAAAAAAAAAAAAUGGGAAAACAGAUUUUUUUAAAAGCCACCUGACUGUAUUUGAUAAGCCUCUCCCACGUGCGGCCACACAGCCCGACAGUCAGGUGACCCCCCCACAAGGGCCUCGAGAGUCGUUAAGCCGUAGGCCUCGAGUUGGCGGCGUGUAUUUUUCUAGGCGGGGGAAGGAAUCUUUACACAUGACUGGGGCCGCGUGGCACAAGUGUCAGCACCCGCGCCCGCUUCCUGAGGACAGCGAGGCCGGGAAAGACAUGGGCGGAACCGCGUGCACCUCGCAUCUCGGCCGACCCGGCUCGAGGUCACCCUGUCCGGUCGGGGAUCCCCAGGCAAGGGCCGCUAACCAGGAGGACGUAGUCUGCUGUGGGUUCGGCGUGGGAAUGCGGGUCGGAAGUCACGGGCUGGGAGGCGAGGCGAGGCAUCCGCCCCCGACGGCUGCAAAGCCUCUCCAGGGUGGCUCUCGGACGGGAGAUGAAGCAGGAAGCGGAUGUGAAUCUCCGUUCUGAAGGAAGGGGGACCCGUGGGGCAUUCACUCUCCAGGACUGUCGCGGAAGCUGGAUUUUGUGGCUGACAGUGACGUGGUGCCACCAGGUGUCUGGCCGCCGUGUCGCGUGGAAGCGCCUGUCUCUGCGAAGCCCGUGGACGUGCGCUCACAGUGUGUCUGCAGCCAGCCAGCUUCCGAGGCCCACCCGGCCUCUGCCUCCUGCUGUCCGUCGCCUUCGGGUCGGGGUCACGGAUGCUGAGAAAAUGGUGGCAGGCUGGCCAGUCCGGACCCCGGGAACCGGUGUGAGCCUUAGAGACUCGUUCCACACUUGACCCCAAGGCGGCGCCUGUGGGUUCCGUGCCGAAGGCCCUUUGAGCCAGACCCUCCUCCGGUUUGGGCGCAGAGCAGCCUCAGGCCAGCAGCACUGGACUGCCGAGUGUGGGGGGCUCCGGGCCCCGCAGACGGAAGGGCAACGUGGGUCCCUCUGUGGUGCCAAAAGUGGUCCUCUUCCUGCUCUCCUGGCUUCUGGGGACAGCUGGGCCUUUUGCCUCUGAAGAAUUCGUCCUGAAGGAGGAGACUGGUGUCAAUGGGGUCACCUGGGUGUGCAGCCAUUUCCUGUGUUUCCGGAGUGUUCGCCUCUGGGUCCCCUCACGUCACCAUCCCAGUCUCCCCCGUUGAGUUGAGACCACAGCCAGGGCCAGGCGGGAAGACAGAGGUACCUGCUAGAGACCGGAGCGCUGACCACGGGGCAGUGCCGGCUCCUGUCCUGUCGCUUGUCUGGCCGAAGAGAACGCGCUUCAGUCCGGAAAGGGCAGGCGGGCCGGUCGGAAGGAGCUGGCGGCCACGAUGAGCCAGGUUGGGGACGUGAAGACGGAACUCGCUGCUCUGACACCGCGGUGUCCCCUGGUGGGUAGCAGCGGGCACCAGGGCUUCCCGAGCCCAUGGACCCUCGGGGAGAGACCGAAGGGAGAGGAGCACAGAAGGCAAAGGGAGGUGUCGUCCAGGACGGGACGCCGACGGUCACGGGUCCGGCCUGCGAGCGACAGCGCGUGCAGAGCGGGGCAGCAGGUGACACGCGCAGGAGGGUGACAGCAGACGUGGGGUUCAGUGCGUAUUCACGACAGGCUCGAGAGCGACGGAUCCGCACUGGCCGCGGGGCCCAGUUCUGUUAACACCGGGAGCAUCUGGACACAGAAGCAUCAGGGAGACGGAGCGGCCCCCCGCCGAGGGGCAGUUCCUGACGGCCGGGCUCGGCCCGCAGCCCCCGCCGUGCGGAUGGCACCGAGGGCUCUCUGUGCCUUACCCAUUUCACAAGAGACUUUGAGGCCAUUUACAACGGAAGUGCCAGGUACAGAGAACAGGAAACCUUGGGAAAGAUGGCAGUUUAGGAUCCAAACAAAUAUAUCUGCAAACCAUAAAAAUACGA